GUUGUCAAUUUAAUCACAUUGGAUUCUUCUUCUACCAUUAAACCAUCCAACAAAACAAAAAAUUGAAAACAAAAGAAAAUGGCCAAAUUCAACAGCUGGUAGCGGCCAUUUUUUCUUCAACAGAAGGGAUACGUAUUUUUUAAAAUUCUUUUUAUACUAACAAUAUUUAACGGCUGGAGAGGUGGAGAUUGCCGGUUCAUUCAUUGCUAGUUUUUGAGUCAAAGCCUAUCACUUUCGAGUCAUUUCACUAUCUACACUGACAAAAACCAUUGGUGGGUAUCUGAUAUUGUGGACAAUUUGGGUGCUUUUUGAAGCUUUUAAAGGAGCUUCCGCAAAUGGGUUUUUGAGUAUGUUGGUUUUUCUUAACUGGGUUUUUAGAAAAAACUCUUUUUUUCCAGAUAUUUUGGUGAUUACCUUUUGGUAUUGAGAAUGGUGAGAGAGAACAAAAUGAUUAGUUUUAAGCAGUUUUGGACGAAGAAGACAUUGGUUGGACUUGGAUUGGGGCAGUUUCUGUCUCUUCUCAUCACUUCUACUGGCUUCUCUUCCUCUGAACUCGCUAAAAAAGGAAUCAAUGCACCAACAUCUCAGUCUUUUCUAAAUUAUGUACUCUUGACUGUUUUCUACGGAAGUGUCAUGAUUUACAGAAGGCAAGCACUUAAGGCAAAAUGGUAUUAUUAUGUUGUUCUUGGAUUGGUAGAUGUAGAGGCCAAUUAUCUUGUGGUGAAGGCCUAUCAGUACACAUCUAUAACAAGUGUCAUGCUGCUGGAUUGUUGGUCUAUCCCAUCUGUCAUGCUUCUUACCUUUAUUUUCUUGAAAACAAAGUACAGAUUCAGAAAGAUAGCAGGUGUGCUUGUAUGUGUUGGUGGUCUUGUCAUGGUUGUUUUUUCAGAUGUUCAUGCAGGGGAACGAUCAGGAGGCAGCAAUCCUCACAAAGGAGAUUUACUCGUUAUUGCUGGGGCAACACUCUAUGCCAUUAGUAAUGUCAGUGAGGAAUUUCUUGUGAAGAAUGCUGAUAGAGUUGAACUCAUGUCAUUUUUGGGCCUCUUUGGUGCCAUUAUUAGUGCAAUCCAAAUAAGCAUGGUUGAACGCAAUGAACUCAAAUCUAUUCACUGGACAGCUGGUGCUGCAUUUCCAUUUUUUGGAUUUUCAUUGGCUAUGUUCCUGUUCUACUCAUUUGUCCCGAUGUUACUUAAGAUGAGUGGCUCCACAAUGCUCAAUCUCUCUUUGCUGACCUCAGACAUGUGGGCUGUUGUUAUCCGCAUUUUUGCUUACCAUGAGAAGGUUGAUUGGAUGUACUUUUUAGCCUUUGUUGCAGUAGCUGUUGGGCUUAUUAUUUAUUCUGGGGGUGACAACGAAGAGGAUCAACGCCGAGCUGGUGUGGCUGAUGACGAUGCUGAAAGAAUAAAGCAUUUUGAUGUGGAGGCUGGUUGUGACAACCUCAACCCAGGAACCAUGGCUGGAAGCUCGAAAACCGGGGAUAAUAGCAAGCAUGAUGGUACCAGUAACACCGGAGGAAGGGAAAUUGCUGAGAACAAGAACAUUGGAAAGAUGUGCAAGGGAACAAAUCAUGAUGUAUUGCUGCUUUUGGAAUUGAGAAACCAUCUACCAUAGGAGAUGUUAAAAGGAUCAAUUUUGGGUUGAUUGGUGUUACUAAGAAACAUUGAAUAAUGAAUAGCUUGGGGCCUUAAAAAGGAUAUUGUACAUGAGUUAUUAUUGCAGUUCUAUAUCCUUGCGAGUAACGGGGGACAUUGGUGAACUGAUGAACAGACUUUCCACCCUGAAAACCUUCCUACCUUUAGGUCCCGUCGCUUAAGAAAAG